CUCCGCCACAACCCCCGAGCGCGCACUUCCGGCCGCGGGGGCGUUCGGGAGCGCGCCUCGCGAGUCUCCACCAACCAGCGGCUCCGCCUGCCCGGCGCGAGUACGCGCGCGCACAUUUAUGCGCAGGUUCGAAUCUCCGCCGCUUCGCGGUAGCUCCCCAACGUCCGGCAGUAGCUCGGCCGCAGUGAGGGCAGCGCGCGCGGGCUGCGCCGGGCCCGGCCGCCCCACCCACUCCGCCCGCCCCAACUGCCCGCCGCCCGCUCGCCCUGAGCAGGUCCUCGCCCGCCCUCGCGCGCUCCGCCCUCGCCCUCCGCCCCCGGAGUUAUCCGCGCUCGGCCUCCCGCGCCGGGCGGGCUCCGCCCGAGGCUCCGGAGCCCAUGGCCAAGCGGCGUGCGGCCGAGCCGCUGACGUUCCACGUGCCUUGGAAGCGGCUCCUGCUCUGCGACUUCCCCGAGGAGCCGCCGCCGCUCUGGAUCCCGCCGCCGGGGGCCUCCCAUCCCGGGCAGCCGGUCGGCGUCCCGGAGCUGCCCCGAAAGCGCAAAAUCGACGCGGGGGCUAUGACUGAGCCUUCAGCUUCGCCCAGCAAGCGCCGCGACGGCCAGGACAGCAGCGUUCCGGGCGGCGUGCAGCGUGAGGGCCGAGGCCUGGAGACGGGCGAGCCGCCGCAGCCGCUGCCUCCCGUGCGGCCCCCGGGGCCAGGGGAGGAGCCCCGGGGCGCCCGGCCCCCGAGGGGCGGUGGCGACGACGGGGCGGGGCGCACAGAGCCGCGGCGGGGAGACUGGGGGGCAGCACCGCGCCAGCUCAAUGAAGAAUUUUGGCAGUAUAACACCUUCCAGUACUGGAGGAAUCCUUUACCACCUAUUGAUCUGGCAGACAUUGAAGAUGUAGUUGAAGACAACCUGCCAGAAGCAACGCUUCAGGGCAAGGAUGAAGUGGUUGAGAUUGACAUGGAGUCCUGACAGAGGGGCUGAAGAAUAGGUUUCUUCUGAAUUUGAGGAGGCACCUCUUAAAUGAAUUCACAUAUUCUUAAGGAAAAAAGUUAUUUUCCAUACUUGAUGUGAUACCAUUCCCAAGCCUGAAAAAUGAGGAAAAGUUGUUUUAAAGAUAAAUGCCUACAGUCAGUGCUGAAACUUUCAAAAGGGAUUUGUCAAGGAUGUAGUGCAGUUACAGGGGAAGUGUUUUAUAUAUGUACUCUUAAAGAAAAAUUUGUGUUUAGACUCAAUUUGAAAAUACUGAUCUUAUAGAAAGGAAUUCUGACAGUUUUAGAAGUAGGUGGGGAACACUCAAAUAUUCCUCUUCUCUGUACCAAAAAGUUAAUUUGUGGUACAUGAAAUGAAUAUUGUUUUAUAAUAACUCUUAUUAAUAAAAUGCUUUCUAGUACAUUGUAUUGACUCCUCUAAGUUGAAUGGAUAGCUGACUGAAACAUCUAUGCAAACUUAAAAUGUAGGGGGUUAAAGGUGGUAUAGUUUUAAAAGAACUUUCUAAAUGUAAAGUAGUGAGAAUUUCAUUUGGGUAGCACGUUUGCAUAGUUUCCAGUGUUUGAUAUUUGUUGGGGCAUCCUAAAUGGAUAAAGAACAAUGAGGAGCAAAUAGGUGCUUCCCCCCUUUUCCUAGGAUGAAAAGAAAGAAAUUUAGUUGUAUUUCUUAAUUUCUUGGUUUUGAAUUGUUUUGACGGCAUGGUUUUUAUUGCUUCUAACUUAAGACUUGUUCUCAACACAGACGACACUUCAGAAACCCUUGCCUGAGCCCCACUGGAGAGACUCCCUUUAACUGAGAUGGGCCUUGGUUAUAGCUAUUUUUUUAAGCACCAGUCCUCCUUUUCCCCAGUCCUAAUGUGCAGACAACUUUGAGAACCACCAGACUAAUGGUAGUUUUUCCUAUUUAAAGGAGAUAACUAAUUUGAGAUGAAGCAACUCCUCUUAAUUAGCUUUGUUUUUAUUUUGCUCUUUUGGUGGCUUUGUUACAACUUAAAUUAUUGUGUUAUUACUAUUUCAUUGUUAAAAAAAUAAAGUAAGCAGUUUGUGUUUGAGUUGAGUAUCAAUGAUUAAGUUAAUUAACUUUUGUACUACAUCUAGAAUGUUGGCUUUGUAAUCAAGUAACUUGUCCUUGUAUAUUUUUUGUUGGUGACAGUAGAUCCAAAAUUCAGAAAGGGUGAUAAAUGCCCAUGAGAGAGAAAAAAAAGCCCAAUGUUUUUUAUAUAUCUGUAGAUUUAAGUAUGGGUUGACAUUAAUGAGAAUAUUCUAGAACAAAGGACAUGUACUGUGGUUAAGAAGGCUUUGGUGUCAGACAUGAUUCAAAGGCUUGUACUGCCACUUUCUACUUAUGUAACAUUAAGCAAGUUAUUUUUCAUCUUCAAGCCCCAGGUUCCUUAAUUGUAAAAUGAGAAACAAUAAAUAGUAUCUACCUCAGAGAGGCUAUGUUUAUUGUCAAGCAAUGUACUAAGUACUUUAACUGCAUCUUGUUUAAUUCUCAUAAAUAACCUUAUUGUAGGUUAAAAAAAUUGAGUAAAUGUGCUUUUUGUAGUUAUACUUAAUUCCACUUUAAGUUGCCACUAGAAAUUUCAGGAUAAGAAUUGGAAUUGAAAUAACAAGGAUGGCAAGCAAGUGGGGGAAGCAGUUAAAUUGCUGUGGAAAUAAAAUGGCAAACUUUCUUUCCCCUCCUGUUUGACUUGAGGGUAGGAAGGGGUCUGUGUUUGUUCACUGCUCUUCCUAUUGCCAGGAACAGUGCCUGUCACAUAGUAGAUAGUCAAUAAAAAUUGCAUGAGCAAAUUAAUAAGUGUUCUAUUAAUGGGCAGGUAAUGGCAACCAUUUUCUAGGAACAUAUCCCAAAGCUAGGCAUUUUACCAAAGAUGUUCAUAAAAAAGAUGUGUCACAGAGAGCAAAUAGUAAAACAUUGGAAAUAGUAAAACACUGGAAACAACGUAAAAACUAAGACGUGUCCACCUAAUGAACUGUAGGAGGUGGUCAUCUACUUUAACGAGAAAUUUCAUAGGAUACUACAUGGCAGGUGAGUGAAUAGGAGAUUCAAAGAGUGCUCAGAUGCGUUUCUGGCUGGAUCAGUUGGUAGAGCUAUGCAACUCUUGA